AUGUUGGCUUCCAUGCUCUCUCUGACUUUAUGCUCUGUGCUUUUUUUGCUACAUAGAGAGGGUGUUGUUUAGUCACGGGCGAAUUCUUUGUAAAUUGCGGAGCCUCGGUGGAUGAUUAAUCGCGCGAAUUGAAUUAGCACCACAGCGAGAAAAUAAAUAAACGCAAUCAUGGCGAAGAUGGCUUUCCAGCAUCAGGCGGGCACGGCGAUGGAGUGCCUUAGCAUCCCGAUUACCCUGCACAAGGAGCAGGAUGUGGACGAGGAGGGGCGUGAAAUACUCAAGUGUGGCUUCAAAAUUGGCGGUGGUAUUGAUCAGGAUUACAAAAAGAGCCCUCAAGGCUACACAGACAAUGGCAUCUACGUGACGGAAGUGCACGAGGGGAGUCCAGCAGCAAGAGCAGGUCUCCGGAUUCAUGAUAAAAUCCUCCAGUGCAACGGCUACGACUUCACGAUGGUCACGCACAAGAAGGCCGUGAGCUACAUCCGGAAGAAUCCGGUACUGAAUCUCCUUGUUGCCCGCAAGGGAGUCACUUCAACGUAAAUUUCGUGCCACAUUUCACCCCUUAAAGUAUCCUUUUCCCCUUUUUCAAUGAAACUCCUUCCUCGGCAACUGCGGGUACCUUUCCCCCAACUCCCCAAAUAGGCUACCUCUACAUCCUACUCCUACAGCCUACAAUCUGCCAAAUCGGUAGGGCAACAACCACACAACAAAUACCUUACUCUAAAGACGUUCUACCGCAUCUCCGGAGUAUUUGCAGCACUUUUUACAAUCAUCAUUCCAAAUAUAAUUAAACUACAUUUUUGCAUUUUUUGUGAUAAGAGAUUUUUUAUGAGAAUGUACGAUUAUUAUUGAUUUUACAUACGAUUUAAAUACAUGUUUUCACAUGCCAAGAAA